UGUAUUUCCUCAACGUUAUCAGUUUUGACUAAUUCUUUCAGUUCAGCUGGAAGCUGAUGGUCAUGCAAAUGGAUUUGUCUUCUCUCUCCCAGCUGAGGUUGCAGCCCUUCCAGGUUGAGAUUGAACAACGGAAUUGACUGGCGAAAUUCCUGGAGUCUGGACAUUGUACAGAGUAGAGCUAGGAACCAGCAGAAGUUGCUGGACGAAGUGGACGAUGUGGGCAAUAAUCCGGACAAGAAGGGGAUAUUGGGCCAGAUGUACAUGGUGUGGAGAUUGUGUUGCAGUGAGAGUUCCAUAGCAGGAGUGCCCAACUACUCCAACUCAGAAGGUCGUGUGCUUCCCAAGUUCUGGCUGGUGGCGAAUUUACUCUGCUGGAGUGGCUUCAUAGUAGUGCUCUCUUUCCUUGCCAAGCAGUACAGUGGCUUCCCCACAACAGUUGCAGUGGACAUAGUGGCCAACAACUCCCUCCUCUUCCCCUCCGUCUCCAUCUGCAACAUGAACAGGGUCUCCCAGCGGAAGCUGAACGGAAACAGCUACUACCAGGCACUUCCAGCUUUGCAAUCAAUCGUGCAUGCAGACUUUUUGCGGCUGCGUGAGGUUCAACUGGGCACGCCUUUCUACAUCAACCAAUCAGAAUGCAGAGACGAGAAUCUUUUCUGGUGCCUGGAUGGUCAAAAUUGUAUUUCUACUACGGAUUACUGCGAUGGCGUCGAGGACUGUGAUGACUUAUCGGACGAGGACAACUGUUCUUCCAUUACUCCCCGCACCAACGACACAUUCGACGACCUCAAUGGCUCAGAGCGGGGGCUGCUCAACAUCGACCUAUACAACAAGGUCGAUUGGAGGUCGAAUCCUGACUGGUUCGAUGCUCUGAAUCUGAGUCGCUACGAAGACCUCCGUGAUCUCUACGACUUCACACUCAUGGACAGGGGUCUCGUCACCAACACAGGCGCUGACAAGGACAAUUUCAUCAGGUCCUGUUCUUUUGACAGAAGCGAGUGCUCUUCCGACGAUUUCUACCAGUUCGAAAACGCAAGAUAUGGAAAUUGUUUCACUUUCAACGCCCCAAUUGACGAGGAGGACAAUUUCAACGAGUCAAACAUUCGCCGCACAGGGCGAACUGGAUCCGACUUUGGACUGAAACUGACGCUAUUCGUGGACUCGGAGGACUACUUAGGUAUUCUGGGUCACAAAACGGGCGCGAAAGUGGUGAUUCAUUCUCCGUCUAUAGAACCAGAUCUCACAAUGGCAGUAACAAUUCAAACAAACGGCUGGAUGAUACAUGCAUGGAUAAAAGUAAUCGGAGGGAACCGACCAUCAAUAAUUGGAAGAGAUCUGAUGCCCCAGUUAGGACUCCAGUUGGUGCAACAAUCACCAGGGAAACACAUAAUGUCCGUUGAAGAAAGCAGUCAGGACGCACUGGAACCGGAGGGGGAGUUGGAUUCAUGGCAAACCUAUUUCAAUGCCGCCGAUCCAAAUGUGCAAGACAUGCCCCGCCCAGCCGAUACAAACUGGAGUGUAAGAUCGGAUCUCGCCUACGAUAUCAAAAACAGGACACACACACGACGACUUACAGUGGACCAAUCCGGGAAUCAAAACGACGAACCGUCGAUACUUAGGAGUGCGAACUCCAAUGGACAACCGGGACCAUCUGGAUUGUUGUUCCAGCGAACUGGGAACAGAAACCUAAAAAGGAAAUCGGGAGUGGCCACGAAGCCCAAACCAAAGAAGUCGAAAGUUGCAACAAAAUCCGUUUUACCGGUACCAUCGAGUGAAGUGGAAAAGCGAGCAAGCCAAAUAAUAUUACCACCGCCGACUCCGCGCGAAGUUAAGACACGAUAUGAACAACGACUUGCCGAAAACAAACAGGAAAAAACCAGGCGCCGAUUCGAAGAUACUGGUUCGGAAUCUGAAGACAGCGAAGAUUUGCCGAUUAUUUCGGUAAAACGGGCUAAGGGGAAGCGUGGAAACCAGCGGGGACAGGGAGCCGUAGGAAUGAUACGGGAGAAUGUCGACGAUGGUCAUCUGGAAAACUCGGCGGAAGAAGAAGCGUCACAACAUGCAAGUUCCAUUGGAUGGGUCAAUAAGAAUCCAGUGGUGCACUCGUGGGACUCGAGCAGCUCAGACGGGGACUAA